UCACAUCUUCCAACAUUUGUUUACAAUUUCUCUGCUAGAGGGCGCUAGUACUGUAUAAACAUGGCAGAAUUUAGUGCUGCCGAUGAGGAUUUCAUCGAAAAUCAGUUGGAAGGAGAUUCUUUACGAAUAAUAGAACCAGUACAGGAUGAUGAGGUUGCUCUAGAUAGUAUUGCGGCAAAAUUACUGCGAGAGAAAUUAUGGUUGACUGCAUUAGAGUUGCACACGGAACUUCUGGAAUCCGGUCGCGAGUUACCAAGAUUGAGAGAUUACUUCUCAAAUCCGGGGAAUUUUGAACAGCAGACCGUGACCAAGUAUGAGCUUACUCCGGGUGCAAGCAUCCAAAGAACAGCGAGUGCUCAAACAUUAGAUUCACUUGAUUUUGGCCGAUAUUCAGACGACGGGGAAAAGCAGACCGAUGAACGUCUCGCAGUAUUAGAGUUUGAGCUUCGCAAGGCUAAGGAAACAAUCCAGUCACUGAAGGCAAGCUUGACAAAGGCAGCAGAGUCGGAUUUGUGUGUCAGCCCGGACUUGCAGGUAUCAUCAGGUGAUCCUAUUAAGCCGCACGAACAGAGGGCACUUAAUUAUCUGGUUAAUGAGUAUCUAAUGAACAAUGGCUACAGACUCACAUCCAUCACGUUUGCAGACGAAAAUGAAAACCAGGACUUUGAGGAUUGGGGUGACGUCGGCCUUAAUGUUCCUAGCCCUCCAGAUCUAGUACAGCUUUACAGAGACUAUGGUCAACAUUUGAAACCGGUGCAGAGUGACUCUAGUGACUUUAGCUGCAUGGUUCACUUAGAGGAAGAUGCCAUGGAGAAAGAGAGAGAUGGGUUCACACAACUGAAGGAGCAGCUGGAGGGUGAAAUCUCAGACCUAAAAGAGCAGCUGAUAAUGGUCACUAAAGGUCACGAGCUCUUAGCUAAGAGCAUGGCUGAUGCAGCUACAGAGUGGAGGGAGGAGGGGCUAUUGACUGAGAGUCCAAGUACGGCCCUAGUGCAAUCACCUGCUAGUGACUUUGUGUCGAAUGCUGGCUUAUAUAACUUACCAAACGUGCCUGUGAUACAAGAUGUGGAGGGGGAUAGCGAGAUUGAAGUCACUGUUGAAGCAACGGAUGACCAGCCAAUAGAUAUACGCAGUACAGAAAGAGAUUUUGCGGGGCAAGCAGAUGGAGAAGAGGACCAUGCAUAUAGCAUAGACAUUUUAAAAGCAAACAGAAAUAUUUCGGAGAGUUUUCAGGAGGCACUAGAGCAUCUCGCACAGCCUCAAAAACCUCUGUCGGACAACCGCAUCACGACAGAGGUUCAGAAAGUGGCUGCAUCUGGAGACGAAGUUGUGUUAAUGUUGGCACGCUGUCUGCCUUAUGUCAUACCUAAUAUUCUGUUGAAUAAACGGGAGGAGUUACUCCCAUUGAUUCUCUGCACGGCCAGCUUGCACCCAGUCUCAGACGAGAGGGAUAAACUUCUCAAUUUACUCUUCAAUCUCAUUAAGAAACCCGAUGAAGACCAACGGCAUACGAUCCUAACGGGUUGCGUUACGUAUGCGCAUAUAGUGGGACCAACACGUGCUGAGACUGAGCUGUUGCCUCAGUGCUGGGAGCAGAUAAACCAUAAAUUACCCGAACGAAGGUUAUUGGUGGCAGAGGCGUGUGGGGCACUGACACCUUACUUACCUACAGUGAUAAGGAGCUCUCUGGUGCUGUCGAUGCUGCAGCAGAUGCUGGAGGAUGACAAGACGGAUGCUGUGCGGGAGGCUGUCACUCACAGCCUCGGCCUGCUCAUGGCCUACAUCGAUGACGAAGACAAGCACCAGCAGUGCCAGGAUCUGCUGCUCAAGUUGUUGCUGGAUGGUUCAGAUAAGGUCUACAGAGCGGCGCUACAGACGUUUCUGCCUUCACUAGCAGCCUGGAGUCUAGAGCUGAACAAGCUGCAGUCUUGCACCAUUAGUCGUGUAUACGACAAGCUCGAGGAACUGACAUCGGGGCCAUAUCCAACCUCACUAGAUGAGACCAGGUUGUGCUUAUUACUGGAGUGUCUUAAACGGCUUGUACCUAUACUGUUCAUGUCAGUACUUCAGUCAGGACCCUACUGUGAUAGCCUCCCAAGUGAUCCCCCUGAAUUAGAAGUGGGAAGAUUCCCAAAGGGUGACUCACCACUGCAGGACUUGUCUGUGAUGCUGGGCAGCGAUACGCUCGUGUUGUCUCUGGUGGCGGCAUACGACCAGACUCUGAGCGAAGAGUGGUUUCAGCCCUGGGCUGAACUCGACUGGGUUUACAGGGAGCUCAUUCCAAACCAGUUGCAGAUGUUGCGGCGGCUAGAAGUAAAUCUUGCCAGGACGGUCCAUUCCUACUCACAGUUUUUCUAUAGCCUGUGUAAAACAUUCGGGCGUGCGUUCACAAGGAGCAAGAUUAAGCCGCAGUUUGCCGGACUGAUGAAAUUAUCUGAUGAAGAGUUAGAUCAGGUGUCACGUGGAGAGACGGCGCUCACCAGCUGUGUUGUGCCGGUGUAUGCGGCCGGUGUCCUUGGCGUCUUCCCGCUGGAGGAGGAACGAAAAGAACUUUCCAUAUUUCUGUUUGAUGUACUAGUCAUCCUGUGCAUGUGCGGAGCACCAUUAGACACACUCAGGGCAGCUUUCACCGAAAUGUGCGCGGAGCAGAGCAACCAUGAGCUGCUCGUGUCAGUACUGUGGGACGGCGUCGUGCACAAGUCUGCUCAGGUGCGCUGCGGCGCGGCGAAGAUGUUCUACCUACUCGUCGGGGGAGUCAGCAAUUCUCUGCUGUCGAGCCGGGUCGUACCCGCGCUCGUCACCCUAGCCUCCGACCAAGAAAUGCAAGUUCGUAUCUCAACUGUACCAGCUUUUGGAACUGUGAUAGAAACAGCCACACAGAGAGAGGUUGUGGAGAAGGCACACAUGCAGUUUCAGGGUUUUCUCGAUGAUCCCAUCUACAAGGAUGCGCACGCGAUGCAUGUCGAGGUUAUACAUACCCUGAGCCGCAUCGGACCUAACACUGAACCAAGGUUCAGGGAUGACUUCAUUCUGCCUCGACUAGCCAUUCUAGCCGCGAACAACAACCACACGAUGAACGAGACGAAGAAGAGAGAUGUGGCCAUGGUCUUGUUUGAAGCUUACAGUGCACUGUCCUGCUGCUUCGUCAGUGAACAGCUCAUCAGGGAGGCGUUGCUGUCAGGCAUGCGCUGUCUGCACCGCGACAUGGCGCUCAUCGCGCCCGACCACGAGGAGAUCGUCGGCUCAAUGAUCCGCGAGUUUGAGGUGAAGCUUGAGUCGCUGCAGCCCGUCGACGGCGGAGCCAAUUUUGCAGUAGCAGCAGCACCAUCAGCAGCCGGAACAUCAACGUCGGCAAUGCCGUCUCAGUUGGCUGGAGGCAACCUGGGAGGAGAGGUGAAGGCAGCUAUGAUGAGUAAGUUCAAAGACUUCAAGGACAAGUCUAGCGUGUUGCCGAUCGCAAACAUCUUCAAGAAGAAGUGAGAAGAAGAAGAAGAAGAAGACGUAGACAUUGUGGCUCGUACGGAAAGAUCUGACCGGGAGACAGUCGGCGCGGACAAUGCCCGCUGGCCGCUGCGACCCAGCGCCGUCUGGCGUGACUUGUGCUGACCGACCAGGCGGAAACAUUCCUAGACUCGCCUCGCAGCAGGCGGCGACCUCGCGUCGAGGCGCAGAGCAACGCACUCGCAUUGCUGUUGAAAUACUCAAGCCGGUCGUGCGGCAGGUUUCUCGGGCGGCAUACGACGUUAGCGGCAAUUUACUCACUUUGUGUUUGAUUACUGACUUUCGUUGGAGGCUAAGCUUCAUGGUCACAACCGUGGUGAUAUAUCAGGGUGUUGUACUAACGAGGGAAGUCCACGUUGUGUUCAUCGUAGGCGUGUAGUGCGCAAUGUGCAAUCUUAGGGAGGGGGGGGUCGAUCGUGUUAUUAUGCCCUCAAAGUUG